AUGGCGACUUCAACUCCUCCCCCCUCCAUCCUCCAGCUCGCCACGGAUAUAUUGGCCCAUGCGAAAACCAUCCACCAGCACCUCGAGUCCAACGGCAUUCCGCAGCCCGGAUUCGACCGCGAUUCUCCCCUCCACUUUCCCUCGGAUGCCGAAAUCCAAGGUUCGCGUAUGGCCUUGAUCGAGGCCGCAAAAGCAAUCUACGACCUUGCCGUCGGGCCAACCAACGGCAUAACCUGGAGCUCUCUCACGAGUAAAUUCGAGACCGUAGUCCUCCGCGCAAUCACCACCUACAACCUCGCAGAAGCGGUACCGCUGCACGGCGAAGCCUCGUUCGCACAGAUCGCGGCGGCAUCGAACCUGCACGAAGACUUUGUGACGCGCAUAAUCCGGUACGCGACGACAUCACACAUCUUCAAGGAGUCGCGGCCGGGCUGGGUGAUCCAUACGGCGGCGUCGCGGGCGAUCCUCGAGGACCAUCUGCUGCGCUCGUUCCUGGCGAUCAACGCCGACGAGGGACUUUCCGCCGCCGCAAAGAUCAACGAGGCGAACGAUAAGUAUGGGCAUACUGGCAGCAGGUAUGAGACGGCGUUCUGCGUGGCGAAUGGUCUGGAAGGAGAGGAUAUGUUUGGUUUCAUGGAGAGGCCCGAUCAGCAGUGGAGGAAGAAGAGGUUCGCCGAGUGCAUGCAGUACCGCGCCAAGAACGAGGAGUCGACGAGCGCGGUCAACAAGGAGUGCGAUCCGUUGCUGAAUGGAAGCUUCGAUUGGGAUGCGAUUGGUGAGGGGCUUGUGGUCGACAUAGGAGGAGGCCUGGGACACAUCUGUGCGUCUAUCGCGCGAAACCACCCGAAGCCUCGGUUCCUGGUCCAGGAUCUCGCAUCGGUGGUGUCACAAGGCAAAACCUCAAUCGAGUCCGAAGAGGAGUCCGUCAAGAGUCGCAUCUCUUUCAUAGAGAGCGACUUCUGGAGCCCGCAAACCGUCGAGGCUGAUGUUUACUUCAUGCGAUUGGUCAUGCACGACUGGUCGGAUGAGGGCUGCGCUAAGAUCCUGAAAAACAUCAUCCCUAAGAUGAAGCCGAACAGCAGGAUAGUCAUUGUUGACGCCAUCCUUGCCGAAGCGAAUACCAUUCCGAAGCUGUUUGAGAAGCUGCAGAGGACGUUGGAUCUGUCGAUGAUGAUGCUUGUGGGCGGUAAAGAGAGGACUGGACAGGACUGGGAGCUGCUGAUGCGUAAGGCGGAUCCGCGGCUGAGAAUCGUCAAGAUGUCUCUGCCGCCCGGUAGUCAGUUUGGGCUCAUUGAAGUGGCAUUGGACCGACGGUCGGCUCCAUUCCUUUCGGGCAAACUGUAGGUUCGAAUUUGAAUGCAACGAAUUUCGUUCCUGUGCAGUGACCUUGAUCGAAUUCAUCGGCGGUGAACGGUGGUGUCAACCUGGAGGGGCCGUGACAUGUGACUCGUAAAAAAGAAAGAGCACGAACUUUAGAUCGAUAGAGAUGAUAGCAAGCGAUUGAUACUAGGAAGAUGGUAUGAACCGUAUCGGCUCCGUGCUGUCGGAACUUGAACUCUAGCAUGGCUGUGCACUCGGCGUAGUGGAGGUAUACCGAGCAGCCUGCAGGCGCUGCCCUUUGCCGAAUCAGCUACUCGCAUCUAUUCGCAGCCCAAACAUCACUCGGUUCCACCUACACGAGUGAGCUUCCGUGCCACAUCCAUCUCGAUUCCCGCCGCUCCCAUUGAUUGUAGGAAACAAAACCGGCACAU